AUGGACAUCGAAAGAAGUACAAUCGGCCCAAGGGUGUCAGCCUGGAAGAGGACACGCCCAUUCCGCCAACUACCCAGUGGAUCUUGGGAUAGCCAUAUGCACAUCAUUGAUGCAGAACGGUACCCCUUCGUAGCGGAUGCUCAAUACAUACCGCCAUCGCACGUGCUUGAGCAGGCGCUCGAGAGGGAAGCCGAGCUAGGCAUCGACAACAUUGUUUUGGUCCAACCAUCUGUCUAUGGCAAUGACAAUUCAUGCUUGCUCGACGGCCUGCGUCGACUCGGACCGUACCAUGCCCGGGGUGUUGUGGCAUUCGAUCCAACCACGGUCGAUCCACUGACGCUGCGCAAGUGGCAUGAGCUCGGGGUGCGAGGGGUUCGAGUUAAUUUUCAGUCAGUCGGCAAGAAAGUCACGGAGCAGGAGCUGGAGCAAUUGCUGCGAGCAUACGCCGAUGUUGUUCGACCGCUCAACUGGGUAUUGCAACUCUAUAUCUCACUUUCCUGCGUGGGCAUGCUGGAGAAGAUUCUUCCUCCGCUCCGGAUCAAGGUCUGCCUGGACCAUUUCGGCAGCCCUUCCCUACCAGGUCUAUAUACGAAUGAGCAAGGUUCCGCCCGCUUCCUCGCCGACAUGUCAUCACUGGCUCGUCUGCUCGAAUAUAGCAGGACGUACGUCAAGUUCUCUGCAUACUACCGACUGUGCAAGGACAUGUCGCAGCUAGAGCCCGUCGCGAGGACCUUGCUCGGUGUCGCCAACGGGCAGAAGGUGCUCUUUGGAACCGAUUGGCCACAUACGAGGUAUUCAGGCUUGAAGAUCGAACCCUUCAUCCAGGUUGUCCUGGACUGGUGCCAUGCAGACGACGAGCUGAUCAAUCGAGUCUUUCGCGACAACGCCAUAACUCUGUGGGAUGCACAAAAGAAUGCAUGA